CGCAGUAGAAUGGCUUUCUGACAGUUCUGAACUCAUUAGUUUGGGUUAUUGUUGUGAAUGUAGACAGAAUUAGCACAGAAUGUGCAGUUUAUCUUAGUGUUUAUUUAACAGUUCAGCCAGGAGAAUAAAUAGCUGUAUUGUUUUUUACAGCGUCUCUGUGUUAUUAGCAGGGUUAUGUGUGAUAGAGGACACUGCUCAGGUGAACUGAGACCGGGUAGAUUAGAGCAGUUGUGCUGUAAAAAUGAGCAGAAAUAAACUAUAUUAACUCUCGACUGAGGCAGAGCCAGUUCAGCAAUGCAGUGUGGAGUGCCCUUCGUCCUCCUCAGAGGGUGUGUGCGACACUGCAGAAGUUGUUCAUCACAUGCCUGUGGGUGGAGAGCACAGUGGAGAAGGAGUUACAGCUUCCUUAAAGAUGAUGUUAAAUCUCUUCGAGCUGUGGUCGACCCAGACAUCUCAAAAAUCAGGAACAUUGGCAUCAUGGCCCACAUCGAUGCUGGGAAGACCACCACCACCGAAAGGAUGCUGUAUUACUCUGGCUAUACCCGUGCCCUAGGAGAUGUGGAUGAUGGGGACACUGUAACGGACUACAUGGCUCAGGAGAGGGAACGAGGAAUUACAAUUCAAUCAGCAGCAGUCACCUUCGACUGGAAGGAGCACAGGGUUAACCUCAUAGACACACCAGGACAUGUGGAUUUUACUCUGGAGGUGGAGAGAGCGCUGCGUGUGCUGGAUGGAGCUGUGGCUGUGUUUGAUGCUUCAGCAGGAGUAGAGGCGCAAACUUUGACAGUGUGGAGACAGGCAGACAAACACAAAAUACCACGUAUGUGUUUCCUAAACAAGAUGGAUAAACCAGGUGCCAGCCUGAGUUACUCUGUAGAAAGCAUCAAGAGAAAACUGAAGGCCAACCCUGUUCUUCUUCAGAUUCCCAUUGGCUCCGGAAAAGGCUUCAUAGGAUUGGUGGACUUAAUCACCAAGCAGCGAAUGACGUGGGAGGGGAAGUCUUGGGCAGAAGAUGGCCGUGUUUUUACGAGCAGAGCCCUCGAGCUCACAGAUGAUCCUGAACUGUUGGAAGAAGUCAGCCAGGCCAGAGGAGCACUUAUAGAACAGGUAGCAGACCUGGAUGAUGAGUUUGCGGAGCUGCUUUUAGGAGAAUAUAGUGAUAAUUUUGACACCGUACCUGCUGAGAAGUUGCGGGAAGCUGUUAGGAGAGUGACGCUGGCUCGUAAAGGAGUGCCGGUGUUGUGUGGCAGCUCUUUGAAGAAUAAAGGGGUCCAGCCACUGCUGGAUGCUAUCACAGCGUAUCUGCCUGCACCUCAUGAGAGGAACCACGACCUGGUGAGCUGGUAUAAAGAAGACUUGUGUGCACUGGCAUUUAAAGUGGUCCAUGACAAGCAGAGGGGUCCACUGGUGUUUCUGAGGAUCUACUCUGGCACAUUGAAACCCCAGUCAGCUGUAUAUAACAUCAACAGGAACGGAGUGGAGAGAAUGAGUCGUCUGCUGCUGCCGUUUGCAGACCAUCAUGUUGAAAUCCCCUCACUGUCUGCAGGGAAUAUCGCCCUCACUGUAGGACUGAAACAGACAGUUACAGGCGACACCAUUGUCUCAUCCAAAGCCUCAGCAGCAGCUGCAGCACGACGAGCUCAGAGACUGGCUGAAGAGAAGAAAGUAUCAGGAAGGUCAGGACGUGAGAGCAGUAGUCUGGUGCUGGCUGGUGUGGAGGUUCCUGAGCCUGUGUUCUUCUGCUCCAUAGAGCCGCCCACCAUGUCCAAACAAGCGGAUCUUGAUCGUGCUUUAAACUGCCUGCAGAGGGAGGACCCCAGUCUGAAAGUCAGGACAGACCCUGACUCUGGACAGACAAUCCUGUGUGGAAUGGGAGAACUUCAUAUUGAGAUUCUGCAUGAUCGCAUCAGGAGAGAGUACAAUAUUGAAACCCACUUGGGACCCUUGCAAGUGGCCUACAGAGAGACCAUCCUCCAAUCAGUAACUACUACAGACACUCUGGAUCGCACACUGGGUGACAAGAGACAUAUGGUAACAGUGGAGCUAACUGUGAGCCCUUCAGAAAAAUCUGCAAGUGUCACCUAUGAUGAGGAAGUGGGGGCCCUGCUCUCUGCAGAGAUCAGAGAAGCAGUGGACAAUGGAGUUCACAGUUCAUACCUCCAAGGUCCUGUUUUGGGUUACCCUGUGCAGGACGUGAGCACUGUUAUCCAUAGUGUGGGCAUAGAGCCUGGCACCUCACUUGCCAUGGUGUCUGCCGGUGUCUCCCGGUGCAUGCUUAAGGCUCUCCAGCAGGCAGGUGGACAGGUUUUAGAGCCUGUCAUGUCACUGGAGGUGACUGUUGAGGAGGAGUACCUGAGCCAGGUGCUCGGUGACCUCGCCCAGCGCAGAGGAUCUGUCCGUGAUGUCCAGAGUCGCCAUGACAACAAAGUGCUUUUGGCCACCGUUCCUCUUGCAGAAAUGAUGGGCUAUUCCACAGUACUGCGCACUUUGACUUCAGGGAAUGCUACCUUCUCUUUGGAGUUGGCUAGCUAUGAACCCAUGAACCCCCAAGCCCAGAACACACUGCUCAACAAGAUGGCUGGACUGUCCUGAGUGCUACUUCAUUUUGCUUUACACUUGAACUGUUAACAGAUUCCUCGUGUGGAGAUGAUUUUUGAAUGUACAAGACUUGUAUUUUUUCCAUAUGUGGAAUUUCCCUUUUGUUUAUUGAUUUCUAAAAUCAUAGCAAUGUCAAAUUUCACAUUAAAACAAACAUAUCAAGAA